CUACCUGCGUGCGCGCGCCCCGUCUCAGCCCGCCCUUCUUAUACCAUCGCGUCGGGGACUGGCGCGGCGACUGGCGCGGGGACGACGGGCGACAUGGCGGCCGCGCUGCUGUUGGCGCUGGGCCUCGCGCUGCUGGACGUCCAGGGCGCCUCCGGGGCCGCGGGCACCAUCACGACCUCUGUGGAUGACAUUGGCUCCAAGGUACGCAUAGCCUGCAUCAUGAACCACAGUGACAUCGAUGUCACUGGGCACCAGUGGAUGAAAGAUGGCAAGGUGCUGAUGACGGACCAGCUGCCUGACCUGUACACCGAGUUCGAGGUGGACAAGAAGAACAGCACGGGCAAGUACUCCUGCGUCUUCCUGCCUGAGCCCCUGGGCAGAGCUGAGAUCCCAGUGAGUGGGCCCCCAGUGAUCAAAGCCACCCGGAAGUCUGAGCACGCCAGCGAGAGGGAGUCGGUGACACUGGCCUGUACAUCUAACUCUGUUGAGACCUGGGUCUGGUACAGGGUGGUUGACUCCAAGGAACAGGUCCUCACCAACAGCUCCGAGAACAAGUAUUUUGUGAGUUCCUCGGAGUCCAGGACGGAGCUGCACAUCAGGAAUCUGGACAUGACCUCAGACCCCGGCACCUACAUCUGCAAUGGCACCAACGCUGAGGGCACCAGCCAGGACUUCAUCACGCUGCGUGUGCGCAGCCACCUGGCAGCACUCUGGCCCUUCCUGGGCAUUGUGGCUGAGGUGCUGGUGCUGGUCACCAUCAUCUUUAUCUAUGAGAAGCGGCGGAAGCCAGAUGAGCCCCUAGACGAUGAUGAUGCAGGAUCUGCGCCUCUGAAGGGCAGCGCACCCCAUGUGAAUGACAAAGGCAAGAACGUCCGCCAGAGGAACGCCACCUGAGGGGCAUGGUGGCCCAGGUCCUGUCCCCACCUCCCGCGGGAGUCUGCCCCCUGCUGUCUAAGCACCAGACCCACUCACCUCAAAACCCACGCAGCAACAGCAAAUCCACUGUAGAUUUCCAUAUUUGAUUCAAGUCUUUAACUAAAGUAGGGUUUUCUACAUAGAGAAUUUUGUUCUUUAGGUUUUGUUGGUUUUUGUGUGUGUGGUUUUUUUUUUCCUCUUUUAAGCCCACAUGAGUGCCAGGGAGUUGAUGUGAACCUCGGGUCCAUGGUCAUGAGAAGCUCAGGAGGGUGUGCACCUCCACCGCCUGUGUGUCUGCAGCCAGCACUGUCUCUUGUCCCCUGUAUUUUCACUGUUCUUUCCUGAAGGUCACAGGUCUGUCUGUGACCUCUUGGUGGAGAGGACUCCAAUUCCCUCCUGAUGUCCAGAUACCAGGGUCUGGGUCUCCAGAGCUACCUGCUGUGCCAGGGACAGCAGUGUCCUCUCGACGGUGUCCAGCACACAGGGACCCUUCCCCCUCGCUCAAUAAAGACUGAGCCUGUCUAG